ACAAAAAGCGUCACUCAGACACACGCAUACACAAACCCCGAUCAUCCCCACGCCCUUCCACCCUCUCUCUCUCUCUCUCUCUCUCAUCAUUAGUCGUGUCUUCCUGUCUCCACUUCUCUCCCUCUAAUGUUCGGCCGGCUUAGACCUUCAUUUAAAAUCGAACAGAUACAAGUACUUUCCUACGCUUUUUUUUAACUGUAGUGUUUGUUUGUUUGUUUGUGUUUUUAUGUUGGUAGUGAUGGGUCAAACCCCAAACUUCGAAUCUCACAAACACUCGACUGAGUUCAUUCUUUUCGCCGGUUGUCUGUCAUGAUAUGUGGGUUUUCUUUUCUUUGUAGUUUAGUGGUGGGAAAAAGAAAGAAUGGACCAUGAUGGUCAGUGCUGUUGUUGUUGGAGUGAUGUUGGGGUUCUACAGGCACCGAGUUCGGCUUUUUUUUAUAAGCACAUUCGAGUACAUACGCUUAGCUGUAAAAAUAUUCAUUAUUGUUUUCUCUCUAAUUAUGCCGCCCAUAUGACCAGAUAUUGACCCAGUGGACUCCGUUUCUUGUUUUCGAGGUUUGGUGGCCUACUUUUUUGGUCCUAUUCAAUUGAUAAAGCGUUGAUAAUAAUUGAUUGUUGGAUGUUUUGAAUUGAAUUGAGGUGGGCUUGAGUUUAGGAGAGAGAUAGAAAGACAAGGGUCUGUCUGAAGUCAUGAUAAUACCUGGUUGUGGGAUGUUUGAAUUGAAUUGAGCUGGGCUUGAGUUUAGGAGAGGUGGAAAAAGAGGGGUCCGUCUGUUUGGGUCAGACGUCGUCAUGGCUCCUGCAGGAAAGGUUUUUGAAUUCUACCGUGAGGGCAAUGAAUGGUUCUGCAAGACAGGUUUGCCAAGUGAUAUCGUUAUUUCAGUGGAUGAUGUAAACUUCCAUCUCCAUAAGUUUCCUCUAAUAUCAAAAUGCGGGAAGAUAGCAACACUACUCGAAUCUCUUGAUACCCGUGAGAGGACUUCUACCACAGCUCUGGAUGGAUUCCCCGGAGGCACUGACACAUUUUUGGUUGCAGCUAAAUUCUGUUAUGGUGCCCGGGUGGAAUUGACACCAAGGAACAUAGUAAUGGUGUAUUGUGCCGCAGACUACCUGGAAAUGACCGAUGAGUAUGGAGAGGGUAACUUAUUAUCGAAAUCGGAGAGUUUCUUCCAUAGGAAUAUACUGCGGAACUGGAAGGAUUGCAUUUUGGCUCUCCAAAGUUGUGAGCCUGUUGUAUCAAGAGCCGACAAGCUCCAAAUAAUCAGUAAAUGUUCAAAUGCUCUAUCUAUGAUGGUUUGUACAGAUCCUAGUUUGUUUGGAUGGCCUAUGAUGAUGUAUGGUAGCUUACAGAGCCCUGGUGGUAGCAUUCUGUGGAACGGAAUUAACACUGGUGCAAGAAUCCGAAGCUCAGAAUCAGACUGGUGGUUCGAAGACAUCUCUUAUCUCAGCGUAGGUCUGUUUGAGAGACUUAUUCGUACAAUGGAAGCUAGAGGUAUACGACCUGAAAAUUUAGCAGGUGCCAUAAUGUACUAUGCUAGAACAUACCUUCCUGGAUUGGGUCGGUGGCAGGGUGGACAAAGUGGCAAAACUAGAGCAGUUGCAAGUUUUAGCAUGAUACCUGCUGCCGUUGAUCAGACGGUUCUAGUUGAAAGCAUCGAAAAGCUGCUCCCCCAAAAGAAGGGAAAAUCUUUUUGCCGUUUUCUAUUGGGACUUCUUCGUGUUGCUUUGAUAUUGGGAAUAAAUAAUACAUGCCAGGAAUCAUUGGAGAGGAGAAUAGGGAUGCAGCUAGAACUGGCAACCCUAGAUGGUCUACUAAUACCUAAUUAUUCAGAUUCUGAUACAUUAUAUAAUACUGACUGUGUUGAACGGAUAAUUCAUUAUUUUGUGUCUUCUGAACCCAAGGUAACUUCAUUUUCUCCAUCAUCAUUUGACCUGCAAACUUCGCCAUCACCCGGACCAUUGAGGAAAGUCGCAAAGUUGAUAGAUGAGUACAUUGCCGAGGUUGCUUGUGAUGUGAACUUGAAACCUGGAAAGAUACGGUCACUUGCGGAAGCCAUUUCAGAAUCUUCAAGAACUUUGCAUGAUGGGCUAUACAGAGCACUGGACAUAUAUCUCAAGGUUUGAAUCAAUUCACCAACUUUCAGCUAUGCUUAGACUAAUGGGCAGGUGGAUGUCCCACGAAAUGAAUGUGAAUAUGCAUCAUGUUGUAUCUCUUUUUUAGAGAAUGGAAUUGUCCCCCUAUUAUGUCGGAAUGGAAUGAUUCCAAUUUUGCACUUCUGUUCUGUUGCUGCAAACUACUACUUUUUCCUUGUCUUAUAUCUUGGAUUUUCUUCCCAUAUUUUAAGAAACAACGAAGGAAAAAAAAAAUACCUCUGUUAGCCCUUGUAGUUCUAACUCAAUUGUUAUAUUUUCUAUUUUUUUUGUUAUUUUUCUCUUUUACUCUCUGUAUCAUGUAGAGUUGUUCUGUCAUGUACAGUUUGCGUUUGGCAUUUUGAUAUUUAUAAUAUAAUUUCAUUUACUAUCCAAAAAAAAAUCUAACUCCUAUCUGUUAAAUUAUAGUCAUCUUGUAAGUUGGUCAAGUCGAAUUAUCCCAAAUUAUUAACGCCAUAUUACUUCUCUCUAAAAUUUUUCAUCUUGUUGGCAAUCUGAAAUCAGAGGCGCCCUUCUGGAGAUGGUUUGUGGGUUGGACUUAUAGAUUGUGUGUAUUUUUGUUUCUUUUCUAUGUUGUUUUAUUACAGAAGGAAAAAAGAAAUCUCAGAAGCCAACUGUGUUGUGAAAUGGAAUCCUUCAAUAAGGGAGGAACAUUUUCUUCUGUGUCUUUCUGGGGUCAUGGAGAUCUCACUUUUCUGUUUGCAACCUUGCUGGUCUUCUGUCAUUUCUUUAUGUUGACAUGUGCCGGCCUUUACAUUUUUCUCACAUAAUGUUGUCGGCCUUUUUGUUUGUGACUUCAGCAACUCAAUUGUUCGUGGAUGCAUACUCCUCUUUCUGUGCAUACUGACGAAAUUGUGUGAGAAUUUUGCUGCAUCAAAUAUUGAAGUUUUCUGAGCUCUCGUGGGCAUCGUGCAGGCACACCCUUGGCUCUCAGAGAGAGAGAAGGAACAACUCUGCAAUGUUAUUGACUUUCAGAAGCUUUCUAUCGAUGCUUGUGCUCAUGCAUCCCAAAAUGAAAGGUUGCCACUUAGAGUCAUCCUCCAAGUCCUGUUUGUUGAACAGAUGCAGUUAAGAACAGCUCUAACUGGCUGCCUUCAGGUCUUUGAUCCUGAAAGUGCCCCUGCAGGUCCUUUCACUGUUCCAAGUGACAUGGCUGGACAGAUUGUACAGAGAGAUGGGUGGGUGACAAUCGUGCGUGAGAACCAGGUUUUAAAGGUGGACAUGGAAAGGAUGAGGUCUAGAGUUGGAGAACUCGAGGAAGAAUUUAGUAAAAUAAAGCAAGAGAUGAAAAGAGUGACUAAAUCACAUAGUUCCCUGAGUUCUCCACGUUUUGUUGCCCGAAGAAUGGGGUGCAAGCUUCUUCCCCGUUCGUCAGAUACUCAAGCAGACGUUAUGGAAAGCACAGGGCCCACUCCAAGAACAUCAACUGAGCAGGCACGACCGUCCAGUCAGUCCAGGCAUCGGAAAAGUUUCUCAUUGUUUUGAGUAUUAUGAAGAGGCAAGUCUCCGCCUUGACAUAUCAAACAUGGUCUACAUUUUCAAUGUGUACUGUGCCUGAGAAUUGUUUUCAGUUGAAAUGCCUGGAGAAUAAGCGCGGCUUCUCCUGAUAUGGAUUGAAGUGCUAUUCCUGAUAUGGAGAAUUUUUUCAGCUUUUGAAGGGUUGAAGGCAGGCAUUUAGAGAGUAAUGGUUAUCUCGGGUUGAAGGCAAUGAAAAAAGGCCAAAUGUAAAAAAUUUGAAGUGGCAGUUUGGGCUCUACUCAUGGUACAUGAACUAUUAUUAAGGUUGGAGCUUCCACACAAUGAUACCAAGUUCCUCAGACAUGUUCAGAUUACAGAACAAAUUAUACUUGCAUUUUCCAAUUUUUAGGUCAUACUUGUACAUGUCCAUGAGAGUUCCUCAAAACACUGGGAAGAUAUGAAAGAUUUUCAGGCUUGUCCAAAUAAAUUGGGCAUGAUCUUGACAGGGAUUGGU